AUGGUUCGGUCACUACAUCUAAAUACCUUGGUUGGACAUAAUGAGCUAUUGGGAUUAGAGGCAGUGGAUCAGGCCGAUCUACUUACCAGGAUUCAGCAGGCCCAGAGUUUGGAUGAGAACUUGCAGAAAGUGGCUCUUAACGACAAGACGGAGUAUCACAUCACAAGCAACGGAACAAUCUUGGUGAAUGUCCGAGUAAGCGUUCCAAACAGCAAGGAGCUUAAAGAAGAGAUUAUGAGUCAGGCGCAUAAGUCAAUGUUCUCAGUCCACCCCGGGCUGAAUAAUAUGUAUAAGGAUUUAAAAAGGUACUAUCACUGGGUAAGGAUGAAAACAGAUGUGGCCGAGUGGGUGGCGAGGUGUCCUACUUGCCAGCUUGUGAAGGCCAAACAUCAAGACAUAAUACUACCCGAGAUCCCCACGGAUUUGGAUAAGAAUCUGACUCUAGAGACGAGGCCGGUCCGCAUAGUGGACCGAACAGAAAAGACAAGAAGGAAGAAGACCAUUCCCAUGAUCAAGGUCGUGUGGGAAUACAAUGGAAAGCAUGUAAUCACUUGGGAAACAGAGGCAACGAUGAAGGCCGAGUAUCCUUAG